UAAACUGUCAAUUUCGCCCAAUAGCGAAUGAGUAUCGCUCAAGAACUGCUAAUAUUUGGGAAGUGUCGAAUCGUGUGGUCGAAUUGAAGAUGACCCAAUCGCAAUUCCCUCUCGUACAUUCUUAAUUAUUCAUUGUUUCAUCAAUUUCAUUUUUUUUUCUGUGAGUUUGCACUGCGCAUCACCUUCACCGCAAAUCAAUUCUUUCUUCUCCUCCAAUCGCUUGGGUUACACCGUUUCUUCAAUAUUUGAAUUGGGUUAUCUUUGUUAUUCAACUGUCAAUAUUAAUAGCUAGUGGAUAAGAAUGGCCUGCACUUCACCUUGCAUCAUGUCUACAUUAGCAGUGCAAAAGCCAGGGAUUGCAAGAAUGGCUACUUCUUCUUCGCCUCACUUGGUAUCUCUACCUGCUUUUAAAAGUCAUUGUAAUCAAUCACACCUCUCUUCUCCAUUUCGCAGCCACCCAGGAAGGAGAGGCAGAGUGAUUGCAAUGGCUACCACUGAUCCUAUGAAGCCAGACACUGAUGCCAUUAAACCUAUUCAGGAGGCUUGGGAAAAGACAGAUGACAAGCUUGCUAUUGGUGGCCUAGGCUUUGCAGCAAUAGUAGUGCUUUGGGCCUCAACUGGUCUUAUUGGGGCAGUUGAUAGACUUCCUCUUAUUCCAGGUGCAUUUGAAAUUAUUGGAAUUCUUUUUUCUGGGUGGUUUGUAUAUCGCUAUUUGCUCUUCCAACCUGACAGGGAAGAGCUAGCAAAAAUAAUUAAAGAUUCCCUAUCAAAAGUUACAGGCCAGUGAGGCUAGGUUUCCGAGAUGGCAUAUAAGUAUCCUGAAAACAUUCAGAUGAAUGAAAUCAGGGGGUUUGUGAUCAUGCUUUGGCCUGCAAUAAAAGGUGUUCUUGAGGUGUAGGGGAUUUUAUGUAAAUAAAGAAAUGUAAUUUCCAAUAAGAAAGUGGAAUCAUGGCUAAUGUUUUGUCCUUUUCCAUUAAUGUUACUAGGGCUUAAUUUAAUUGCAUGGAUCGAUUUAUAUUUGAGGAACAAGUAAAGACAGCAAAUGCUUCAUGUAGAAGCUCUUCCGGGGCAACAUAUGAACACUAACUGGAGCUUUUACAUUUUGUACCAUCAGCCUCAAGGUGGUGGAAAAUUGACAAACCAUUAACAUCAAAGAUUGAGUUUCAAGUCAGAAAGAACCCUAGAAUUUUCAUGCCUAUUAGUUUCAGUUAUGCAUAUGGAACAAGUCUGAAUUCCCUUGCAUAAGUAGGAUUUAUUUACAAUUGUAUAACAAAAACGUAUUUCACUUUUCAUGGUUACUUGAAUUGUUUCCUAUGGUUGAAGAUCAAUUAAUUGUGGUCAAUAUUUAUGUCU